AUCUUUCCUAAUUUUGCAUUAAUUUCUUCGGCAUUCAUUGUUUUAAGUGUCAAAUUUAAAUUAUCAGACGCAGCGUCCCGGAAAAAAACAUUGUAUAUUGCGACGUCUCUUAGUGCCAGCGAUCGGAAUUAAUUCUGCACAAGAGCAUUUGACAAACUGCUCAAAGGUGUCUGACAAUGGCAGAUAGCCAAGAAUUCUGCCUGCGUUGGAGCAGUUAUCAUCAGAAACUGACUGAAGCUCUGCGGACACUUCUGGACCGAGAAUUAUUCGUUGAUGUUACUCUUUCUUGUGAAGGCCAGUCAAUCCGUGCCCAUAGAGCUAUUUUGUCUGCAUGCUCGAACUAUUUUCAGGACCUAUUUGAAGAAAACAAGCAUCCACACCCAAUAAUUAUACUUACAAAUGUGAGAUAUGAUGAUCUUGAAGCGUUAAUUCAUUUUAUGUAUCAUGGUGAAGUUACCAUAAACACAGAAGCAAUGCAAGGAUUUUUGAGGAUAGCAGAAACCCUUAAAAUUCAAGGUCUGACGUGUAGUACUCCUGCAUCACCUGAACCUGCACUGUCCUCACAGGAUACAGAUGAUGCACCAAUAUCACCAGAGGAUACAAGUACCAAUGAUAAUGCAGAUUCUGAAUCUAAUACAGAAACACAAAAAGAAGGUGCUUCUGCUCCCAAGAAAAUAAAAACAGAGUGUGCAAGUCCCCAACCACAGCCAGAAUCACAAAAACAGCAAGAAAUAAGUAACAUUAUGAAUUCUCUAAAAGGAAUUGGCGAGCUCAUAACAUCUUUACCUCAAAGCAAGUUGAACUCUCCUGGUUGUUUCCUGUACAAUCAAGGCAACAGUCAAAGUUCACCAUUACUUCAGACUCCAAGUGCUUCCUUUAGUCUCACUGGUCGUCCAUUUCGUCACCGUGUUAUGUGGAAUCCUGAUCAAUUACGGAAACUUGAAGAGUGGUAUAAUGCAGAACGCUAUCCCAGUGGUCAAACUAUGAUAGAAUAUGCAAACUUUCUAGCUUCUAUGAACCCCAGUGAAGCAGUUCCUUGUCGACAGAAUGUUGACUAUUGGUUUCAAAACAGAAGACGAAGAGACACACAUCCAGAAGUCGUUCAGCAAAGAGAGAAAAAGAAACUGUCCAAAAACAUGUGGAUGGUACGCGAACUGGGAGGUCAGAAUGGGUAUCAUUACUGAUCGUAAGUUUUGAGAUUAUCAGAAAACUGCUGAUGAAGAAGGUAGAUGGUGCAACCACUAAAAUUUACAAAGAACAAAGCUUCCAAAGAAUAUGUUCGUCUGCAUUUGCUGAUAUGAAAUAUACCACAAACAGGGCUCAAAGGUAAAUGUCCAUCAAGUAUAGAACAAUGGCUUUCUCAUCUGAAGAACCCUUGAGUGAAGAACACUGGAAAGAAGAAGCAUCAAGUGUUAUAAAUGAUAUAAAGGAUCAUGUUAAGGACGUACACGUCUCACAGAAAUUGAAAUCAAACAAUAAAUUUAUUUAUCUGAAUUUGACCACUGAGGAGGAAGAAAAUUUCUGUAUUGAGUUGAGCGGUGCAGGUUUCAGAAUCGUUGGAAACACUUUUGAUGAUGAUUCUCAACCAAGAACUAAAAUUUAUGAGACUCCUUAUUCACUGUUGGAUGAAAUAAGCCCUAAAUAUCGAGAGUCAUUUGGAACAUCACUUGUAAAUAAACUGAAAGCCUUACAGAACACUUAAACUAAGUGGUGCAAUCAGUCAUUUGUAUACCAUUAUGUACUACAAAACUUAUAUGCUUGCAUAAACAAAGGUUUUAGAACA